GGGGGUACUUGACUUUUGGCAUUUGUCAACCUCAAUUUUUAUUUUGUUGUCAAGUCUCUAUUUAAUACAACUAAUAAAAUGGAAGCUAAACAACAGUUUUAAAAUCGGAUACAAUAUUUUAAUUAAUAAUACCUAAUUAAUAAUUAAAAACUAGAUAUAAUGUGCGAGAAUGGUUCGGAAUUUAAUGAUACAGUUGAUCCCAGAGUACAUGUUGAAUUAGAAAGAUUAAAUAAUGCCACAGAUGAAAUAAACAAAUUGGAAGUUGAGCUUGAUGAAUCCAGGACUGCAUUUAGACAGCUAUUAUGUGAUAGCACUGCUAAAGUUGAUGCCAUCCGACUAAAGCUCGGAAUGUGUGUUGAAAGGGCCCGACCAUACUAUGAGGCAAGGUUCUGUGCUAAUGAGAUAUUUAAACAAACUCAGACAGCUGCUAUGAAAUUUGAAAGGGCAAAUAGCGCACACAGUGCGGCAAGAGAGAUGGUUUACCUUGCCGAACAGGGAUUAGGUGGUCGUACACUUGAUCCUGCUUGGCAAGAAAUGUUAAAUCAUGCUACUCAAAGGGUAAAUGAUGCUGAACGAGACCGUGGCAUCGCUGAGACAGAACAUCGAAUUGCUUGCGUAAAACAUGAGGCAGCUAACGCAAAGGUACAAAGUCUCCAAAAAGAGCUAAAACGGGCUAUAACCAAGAGCAGGCCCUACUACGAGUUAAAAGCUCAUUUCAACCAGCUCCUAGAGCAGCAAAAAUCCAAAGUUCAAGGCCUUGAAUCUCAGGUAACCACAGCAAAGCUAUCGUAUGCAGACGCACUUAGAAACCUGGAACAGAUUUCGGACGAAAUACAUCAGAAUAGAAAAAAGGCUUCUCUAGUUGUAAACAGCCUGGCAAAUAGCAAGCAGAGGAGCUUAGAUUCCAAUGUCUCCCUGUUAGAGGAUGCCGAAGAGUUGAUUGAAGAGUACAAAUGUCUUCCACAGAAACUGGGUGAUCUAUCCAGUCCGAUAAUUUCGAAACUUGAGGAGGUAGAGGGGUAUUUGAACACGAACUUAAGUAGCAACGAGUCUCCAGUUUCACCAAUGUCAAACAGUGAGAGAAUGGACCAUCCCGAUGCAACCCAGAGCCAGUCAAGUGAAUGGACUGAAAUCAAUCUGGAUAAUUCUAGUCCAGAAGACGAGGUUCCAUACAAAAAACUAGAUGGGGAGAUCGAAAAGCCCAAGUUGAUUAAGCAGAAGACGUUACCGAAUCCAAAAACCGAGAAUGAAUUUUCUUCCAUUAAGAGUAAGAUGAAGUUAGAUACAAGUAUUUCGAACUGGAUAACCAGGUCAUCUGCUAAACAUGAGGAGGAUUCAUUUUCCAAUAAUAGUCGCAGGCAGAGUUUAGACAAUAUUUUGGGUCCAACUAGCGAGAAGGUUAAAGAGAUCUUUUCACAGGGUAUGAUGAUGCUGAACAUAUCUUCUUUGACAGAGAGGAGAAAUAGUGAACCCAAAGUGGGCAUCACUGAAGAGAAAUCAAAGAAUAGUAGUAAUAAGAAGAUUCCUAGUCCUUUAGAGAAAACCCUUACAUAUCUUACCGUUGAAGAUGACAAUUCUGACACUGAGAGUUUGUCGAGUGUCGACAUGCUGAAUGAAGAUCAGAUCAGUUGCUUAAUGUUGGAUGCGAACUCAGUUUGUGAACAAAUCCUAGGCACGCCUAUUACAGAAGUUGUCACAUUACCUCAAUGCGCUUCUACUAGUCAAUCGAGCAAAUAAUAACUAACCUAGGAUAAAAAGACUACAAGUACAGUACAAGAAAUUUAGGUACCUAAAACUGCAUUAUUUUUUACAUAUAGUUUCUAGUCAAACGUUUUUGUUCCUUGUUUUCUUUUUUAUUUGAAUUUUAUUUAACAAUUGGCACAGUAAACUCCUAGAGUAAGAUGAUGUUGCAAUAAAGUUUUGCCUUCUUAAUAAGUAUUAUGAGAUAAUGCUCUUGCCGAAAAUCCCUGAACUGCUUUUGUGGUAGAACUAGUCAACAAUUUGAAGCAAUAUUAUAAAUGUUGAAGGUUGUUAUUAAACAUUUUAAUGAAUAAAUAAUAUAAUAGUUGA